CAGUAUUUUAAUUAUGCCAUUGUCACUCAAUAAUAAAUCGAUACAUCAGUUCUACCUUCCCAGGCAUUGAGUGUGAUAGCUCAUUCGCAUUUGUAGACACCUAGAAACCUAAUCAAACGAGAAAACAACUCAAUUCUCCUUUAUUAUAUCCGAAACUCAAGAACAACCUCCAAAAUGAACUCUCUGUCUGGCAGCAAGAAUACCAACUUACGGGUACCCACCCCAUCCAACCCAUCUUCGCUCCCACCACGUUACGAAAUCCGUCAAUUGCAACCAGAACACCUCGAGUGGGUCAUGGCCAUCGUCAUCCACUCCAACGUGUUCUAUUCUCCUGUCUGGACAGUCUUAUACCCAGACUACCUGACCGACAAGCUGCACGAAGCAAUGAGAAACGGCAAAUAUCUCUUCGAACACCAGAUUAAGUCCGGUCUCUCUUUCGGCGUCUUCGACACAGAGUAUACUUUCAAACGUGCUGAAAGUGCGCCUACAGGAGGAAAGUUAUACUGGGACGAAUCCGAGCCGGAGGUGAAGUCCUCUCAAGGCGUGCAGGCUGAAAGCAAGAGGUUGCUCGAGCAGAUGGACUUUCCCCUUGUUAGCGUUGCAAUGAGCUACGACGGUAUAAAUGCUCUUGACUUGAAGAAGAUGGAACCAAUGUUACAAGUCCUGCCGCAUUUUGGAUUGAUAUAUCACAUUCUUGAUGUACUGGACCAGAGAGCUCCGGAGACGUGGAAGGCAACUGGAGACGGGCAGGUGCUGAUGCGAAAUGCGACGUCUACGCGACGUGACUAUGAAGGACAGGGAAUUAUGGCUGCGUUAGCAAGGUGGCUGAUGAGAGAGGCUGCUGGGAAAGGAUACAGAGGGAUUCAGAUCGAAAGUAUCAACAAUGCUGUUGCACAUGUAUGGGGAAAGGCGGAGCCGCCGUUCGAGGGAACCGUUAUUAGCGAAUUCGACACGGCAACUUGGGCAGACGAGGAAGGGAAACAUGCGUUUGAACCUGCGAAACAGGUGUGUAAGAAGAUUUGGGUUGAUUUGAAAGCUACAGAGAAAUGAAGUCAUGAUGGUAGGAAUCGAGAUAAAGAAAGCAAAACAAGUUCAGGGAUAGCAAACGAUUCUCGAAUUUCAUGUUGGAUCUGGUGUAGUCCCGUCCCUACAUGAUACUUUCAUGUCCUACGAUCGCCUAUUUACCUAGUUAGGAUCAUG